AGGCUGCUGGUAUAUAGGUGUUUUAUACAAAACAAAACAAGAAAAAAAGAGGAUGGAUUAUAGUCUUGAUGGAAGAGAGAAUACAGAGGAAGAUGAGAAGAAGAUGAUGAAGAUUAAAGAAACAGAAAUGAUGAAGAUAAAAGAAGAAGAAGAAGAAGAUGGAGAAGAAGAAGAAGAGGUUCCAAAAUACAGGGGAAUCAAAGCCAUGCCAUUCAUCAUAGGGAAUGAGACGUUCGAGAAGCUGGGUGCAAUCGGGACGCUGUCGAACCUCCUCGUCUACCUCACCACCGUCUUCCACCUCACCCACAUCUCCGCCGCCAACCUCCUCAACGUCUUCAACGGAACCACCAACUUCGCCACCAUCCUCGGCGCCUUCAUUUGCGACACCUACUUGGGCCGCUACACCACCCUCGCCCUCUCCACCCUCAACUCUUUCCUCGGGCUCUUGCUGAUAUCACUGACUGCUGCCAUCAAGAAGCUGCACCCGCCGGCGUGCGGCGGCGGAGGGGAGUGCGCGAAGCCGACGACGGGGCAGAUGGGGUUCCUCCUCUGCGGGUUCGCGAUGUUGAUCGUGGGGGCCGCCGGGAUCCGGCCCUGCAACUUGGCGUUCGGGGCGGACCAGUUCAACCCGAAAACAGAGUCCGGGAAGAGGGGGAUCAACAGCUUCUUCAACUGGUACUUCUUCACCCUCACCUUCGCCCAGAUGGUGUCGGUGACCCUCGUCGUCUACAUCCAGUCCGAGGUCAGCUGGUCCGUCGGACUCGGGAUUCCGGCGGCGUUCAUGUUCUUUUCCGGCGCUCUGUUCUUCUCCGGGGACAGAAUGUACGUGAAGGUGAAGCCGGAGGGGAGCCCCCUCACCGGGAUCGUCCAAGUCCUGGUGGUUGCCGCCAAGAAUAGGAAGAUGAAAUUACCGGAUCAGCCCUCCCUCUCUCUCUUUAAUAAUUACACUCCUGCCAAGUCACUCAAUUCCAAGCUUCCUUACACAAGCCAGUUCAGGUUUCUUGACAAGGCGGCAAUAGCCUGUGAAGAUGACACAAAGAAAGCAGAAGAUGGUGGUUGGGGGGGAGCCAAUCCGUGGAGACUGUGCAGCCUGCAACAAGUGGAAGAGACCAAAUGUGUGUUGAGAGUGGUCCCAUUCUGGGCAGCCGCCAUUCUGUACCAUGUUGCCAUGGCUCAGCAGCAGCAAUAUGUCGUCUUCCAAGCCCUCCAAUCCGACCGGCACUUGGGACCCAACUUCCAAAUCCCCGCCGCUACCUACACCAUCUUCUCCAUGCUCGCUCUCACUCUCUUCGUCCCCCUCUACGACCGAUUCCUCGUCCCCUUCCUCAGAAGGUACACCAGAAAAGAAGAAGGCAUCACUCUGCUGCAGAGGCUGGGAAUCGGGAUCGUGCUCUCCGUGCUGGCAUCUUUUGUCUCUGCCUUUGUGGAGCAGCGCAGGAGGCGCGACGCGCAUGCAAGUGGUGGCUCGAUUUCUUCCAUGUCAGCAUUGUGGCUGGUCCCACAGCUGUCCCUGGCAGGGCUGUCGGAGGCGUUCACGUCCAUUGGCCUGGUUGAGUUCUACUACAAGCAGUUCCCUGAGAACAUGAAGAGCGUCGGUGGGUCGUUUUUCUUCUUGGGGAUGGGCGCGUCGAGCUAUCUAAACAGCUUCUUGAUCUCCAUUGUGCACCGGACCACGGAGAGUGCGAAAACGGGGAAUUGGUUGCCAGAAGAUCUCAACAAGGGGAGAUUGGAUUACUUCUAUUUCCUGGUCACCGGCCUAGGGGUCAUAAAUAUGGCGUAUUUCCUCGCCUGUUCCAGCUGGUACCAAUACAAGGAGGGGACCGGAGGGGAAAUCAAAGAAACCGAAAUGGAACCAAAGAGUGUUGAGAACAAACUUGCAGUUUGAGGUGAACAGCCAGGCCUACAAAACACACACACACAUAUACCUGCAUUGCAUUACUGAGGGAUUCAUAUACUAAGAAUUCUAUAUAUUUUCUUAUGGUUACACACACAUAUCAUUUGUUUAGAAUGUAUGUCUAAGUUUCUUUUGUAAAACUAUAGUUGUUCCUGUAGUUCUGUAGAAUAGUAAUGUUAUAUUCAGAGUAUGGGAAUGGCAACUGUAGUAUGAAGUUGUAGUAUAUUCUGAUAUUCUUUGAAUGAACUAUACGAGAAUACAUACUCUUUCUACCCAAAAAAAAGUUGUCCACUAAAGACUAAACUAAGCU